CCAAUAAGCAUGUCUUAUUUCUCCUGCAACCAAUCAGCAUUCAGAAACUGGUCACGUAGGAAGUACUGGGAAGAAAUGUGCAGAAAUGCAUGUGUGUACAGUUGCUGUAAAAAUAUUAGAAGCUCUUAAAUAUGUUCUAGACAUGCCUCAGUUGUUUUAAGGUUAUAAGAGAAUGCAUUCAGAAGGUUGCUAAGUUGAUCUCACUACCAGUUAAAGAUGGAGACUGCUGCUCUAGUAGCUCCCAUCACAGCACUGGAGUUGUUUCAGGACCGGUUUCUACUGGCAGGAGAAGGACCGGUCUUAUCUGUUUACAGACUUCAGCCUCGCCCUAAAGUCGGCUCUUCACUGGGCGUCCUGCAUCAUUACAGAAUCCAUGGGAUCAGACCAAAGAGUCAGGAUGCUAUUCUGACCAAGAGCUCUACCGUUAUAAUCCACGGACAGCAGGAAAAGGGGGAAACCCAACCUGCUGAACUCGGGUUCUAUGACUUUGCUGUGUUUGGAGGAAAGGCGGUGAGGCUGGUCAGGCUUCAUUUAGAUUUCCAGGACGUGGAGACUCUCCACUUGGAGGUGGUGGGCUCGCUCUUGGAGCUCCAGGACUGGGCCCUAGAUGUCCGCUGGCUCCCUGCAGACAGGCAGUCGCUGCUCUGUGUUGCUGUGGCCCAUAAUGCUGUUCUUCUCCUGGACUCUACCACAGGAAACGCGCUGGUGCAGUGCUCCUGUUUGGAGGGCUGUCUGCUGUAUUCUGCUCUUCUUCUGGUGCAUGAAUCUUGGCGCGACACCGUAUUGGUUGGGGGGACUGUUUUCCAGCAGCUUGUCAUCUGGAAACCUGGGGGAGAUGACAUGGCUGGAUGUGGUCAUAAGGCUCCAGUUGAGCGCCGUCUGUUGGGUCACAGCGGCGUCAUCUUCAGCAUCUCUUACCUCCAGGAGAAAGGAUACCUGGCUUCGGCGUCAGACGACCGCAGCAUUCGGGUUUGGGACGUUGGUGCCUUAGGUGGUCCUGGGGGGAAAUGUGGAGACUUGAACCCCAUAUGUUUAAGGGUUCUGUACGGCCACCAGGCCAGGGUGUUCUCAGUCCGUCUCUCUGCAGGGUACGCAUACAGCGCCGGGGAGGAUGGCGCCUGUUUAGUCUGGGAUGUGGUUGGAGGAGGGAAGGUGAUCCGCACCCUGAAGGGCCACCGUGCAGGAGGGGUGCGUUCCCUGGCGGUCGGCAGGGGAACAGGGGGUGAUGAGACAUGGGUGGCAACAGGAGGGGCAGAUGGGGGGGUGAGGCUGUGGAAGGUGGAAGAGGAGAAGGAGGGUCUAGAAGGCAGAGUAACAGACUUGAAGUUUCCUGGUCCUGGUCUUCCUAAAGUGGUUUCUAUAGCAGGAGAGGAGCAGAACAUGUGCUGGAGUCAAUGUUUGGUUUGCACAGACAGAGGAGCGGUUUGCCAGUACAGAGAUGGAAGGUGGACGACGCUUUGGGAAGGUCCGUCUGAGUUUUAUUCCUACUGUGUGAUGGAAACAGUUACUACCUUUGUGACAAACAUCGGCAGCACAGUUACAUUGUGUGCUGUGGCUAACAUCAGUGGCUCUAUCCAGGUGUUUUCCACUUCUGAUCCUCUGGCUGGGAUGCGUCUAACAGGCAGACCAGGAAAGAUCCACAGUAUUUUUUGGAAAAAGGGAAAAGAUCAAUUGUAUUUACUUGCAUCUGGUGCUGAAGGGUUUGUCUGUCGCUGGUAUGUGGAGGUUAAAACCAAAGAAAACAGUGUGUUAGUUCUCAACGUUGUGCCUCUUCCACCUUUCCUGCUACCUCUCUGCUCCAAGCGCUGGCUCACAGCUGCCAUCUGCUUCCAGCAUUCUUCUAACAAGGUGCUGUGGGUGUGUGGAGACAGGAGAGGGUCGCUGCUUUUGUUUGAGGAAAACAUUGAGUUUAACAGAAGUGAUGAUGAGGAAGUGAAUGAAGGUUUGCAGAUGGGAAGAAAAAAUAGAAUAAUGGAGGACUCAACGCUGCAGCCUCUGAGCUGUCUGUUCGGAGUACACGGGAAACAUGGUGUCACCUCUGUGUUUGAAUACCGGGGAUUGUUCUACAGCACCGGGAAGGACGGCUGCGUGAGGGUUUUUAGGGUGAGUGGGAUCCAGCCUGGAGAGAAUGAGAGCGAUCUUAAUCUGGAGGUGCUCCGAGUCCAGCGGGCCUGCAGGGGCAUGGAGUGGCUGGAAAGAGUCUUCAUCCUGGAGUCUGAAAUCCCUGAAAACCUUGGAGAGGAUUGUAAAAAUGUCAUUGGCAGCGAGCUGAGAGAGGCCAGAUUCGUCAUUGCCGGUUUCCAUGCAGUCCACUUUGUAAUUUGGGACCCUGUAAGACAGGAGAGGCUGAUGGUGGUGCCCUGCGGCGGGGGUCAUCGCUCCUGGAGUCUCUGGCCGUCGCACACGGGGGUUUGGGCUGGAUGUGGAGCCUUGGUCUUCAUCAAGCAGGGGGCAGUACUGACUUCACAGCACCCUGGGGAGAUGCUUGGCAGUGCAGGGAAAGAUGGGGGAACGGGAGGGUGGAGCUUAAGAGAGGGGAUCCACGGCAGGGGGAUUUGGUGUGUAUCCCGGCUGGGAAGGAUAGAAGAGAUCAGAAAUGACUCUCAAACAAGUAAAAUCAACACUAAAAUGUACUGGGAGAUAGUAGUGACAGGAGGGGAGGACACUAGCUUAGCAGUCCUGGCUAUAAAUCCAGUUUCUGGGGUCAACAAGGUUCUCUCAGUUAUUACCGACCACAUCUCAGGCGUGCGGACAGUGACGGCAGUGACCCAACCACGGGGAAAUGCGCUAUCCGCCCUGCUGCUGUCAGCAGGGGGCCGGGCUCAGAUUCAAUGUAACCGGCUGCUGGUCGUCUGGGACAGACAGAGGCUGACUCCUUCCUGUCAGGUGGUUCAGGUGGCGAGCCACCGAUUGGACUUGCAGUGGGAGAAAAAGCGGAACCGCCAUAAAACUGUUAAAAUGGACCCCGAAUCAAGGUACAUGUCCAUAGAGGUCCUGGAGGAAAAGAUGGGGUGCAUCCUCGCGGCUGUGUCCAGUAGCGAUGGGGCUCUCAGGUUGUUUUCUCUCAAUGAAGCUAAAGGUCAAAUUGACAUGUUGUGGGAGACGUUUUACCACCAGCGCUGUGUUCUCUGCGUCGCCAGCUGCAGCCUGCAGGAUGGCAAAGGAAACAGGUUCAAACUGCUGUUCAGCACAGCUACAGAUGGGAGAAUUGCAGUGUGGCAUUUAACUGAAAGUCUGCUCAUAUCGGCCGAUAAUUCAAGUGGUGCUACAGCCCCACCAGUCCCCUGCCUUGUCAUUCCCGCCCACCAGAGCGGCGUCAACUCAUUGGCUGUUUGGGUAGAGAAAAUGGGACAAGAGGAUGGUUGCCUGGUAACUGUUGCCAGUGGAGGAGAUGAUGGGCAGCUGACAGUGUCCACAGUGAGGGUGCAGUACCCAGAGAACGGGAAGGUUGGGGACGAUGGGGGACUUAUUCAGAUUUGUAGGAGUAAAACUUCCCUGGAAACACAUGAUCAGUUUCCCAACCAGCUUCAGCUUCAUCUUCUCUCCCAGCACAGCUUCCCGUUUGCCCAUGCUGCCUCUCUUACAGCCCUAAAGCUCCUGAGCCCUGGCCUCCUGGUUUCCACCUCCUCUGAUCAGAGGGUUUGCCUUUGGAGGGUCAGUGGUACCGACAUCAGCCACAGUGGGGCACUGUGCUCCCACGUUGCAGAUGCUGCAGCACUUGCAGUUUGGGAGGAGGAAGGGGAGGAGAAAAUAGGGUUUGAGACCAAGCAGGUAAAUACAGUUGGGAAAGAAAUGGUCGGCCCAGUUUUAAAGACAAGUUAUCUGAAAGAGGAAGAGACUGAUGAUCCAAGUAAUCCGCUGCAGGAUGGUGACACUAUCACAGGUUUCUGCGAGUGCAGUGAGAAGAAAAUGAAGGUGGGAUGGAUUCUGGUCUGUGGCCAAGGCUUCCAGCUUCUGCGACUCGGGAACGCUGGGAUGGAUACAGAGAUUUGGAAAAACAAGAGAGAGAAAGAAAAUGAAAGAGUUAGAGUGACUUUUCAGAAAUAAGCAUAAAAGCGAUCAGAGCAUCAGAAUGGUCCAUAAUUUAUUUUUUAUAAAGACUUGAUAUUUGUAUUGAUUGCUGCUUCAUGAAUCGAAGUGGCUUUAAAUAAAGAUGAU